GGGCCAUGUGGACGGGCGGCCGCCGGCCGGGCCGGCUCCGCCGGGCGGCCUCUGCCGCAGACAUGGAGAAACUCAGCGCGCUGCAGGAGCAGAAGGGCGAGCUGCGCAAGCGGCUGUCCUACACCACGCACAAGCUCGAGAAGCUCGAGACCGAGUUCGACUCCACGCGCCACUACCUGGAGAUCGAGCUGCGGCGCGCGCAGGAGGAGCUCGAGAAGGUCACGGAGAAGCUGCGCAGGAUUCAGAGCAACUACAUGGCACUGCAAAGGAUCAACCAGGAGCUGGAGGACAAGCUGUACCGCAUGGGCCAGCACUAUGAGGAAGAGAAGCGAGCGCUGAGCCACGAGAUUGUCGCCCUCAACAGCCACCUGCUGGAGGCCAAGGUGACCAUCGACAAGCUGUCGGAGGACAACGAGCUCUAUAGGAAGGACUGUAAUCUAGCGGCCCAGCUGCUGCAGUGCAGCCAGACCUACGGCAGGGUCCACAAGGUGUCUGAGCUGCCCUCGGAGUUCCAGGAGCGCGUGAGCCUGCACAUGGAGAAGCACGGCUGCAGCCUGCCCUCCCCGCUCUGCCACCCGGCCUACGCCGACAGCGUCCCCACCUGCGUCAUCGCCAAGGUGCUGGAGAAGCCCGACCCGGGCAGCCUGUCCUCCCGCCUGUCGGAUGCCUCGGCCCGCGACCUGGCCUUCCGCGACGGGGCCGAGAAGCCGGGCGCGCCCCCCUACAAGGGGGACAUCUACUGCAGCGACACGGCCCUCUACUGCCCGGAGGAGCGGCGGCGCGACCGGAGGCCCAGCGUGGACGCGCCCGUGGCCGACGUGGGCUUCCUGCGCGCCCAGAACUCCACCGACAGCGCGGCCGACGAGGAGGAGGAGGCCGAGGCGGCCGCCUUCCCCGCCGCCUUCCGCCACGACGCCUUCCCGGGCUACGCGGGCUCGCUGCCCACGUCCAGCUCCUACUCGAGCUUCAGCGCCACGUCGGAGGAGAAGGAGCAGGCGCAGGCCGGCACGCUCACCGCCUCGCAGCAGGCCCUGUACCGGGCCGGCCGCGACGAGCUCUUCGAGCGCGCGCCGCCCGCCGCCGCCGCCUUCCAGGGCAGCCCGCGCUUCGCCAAGGCCGCGGCCGCCGUGGCCGCCCCGCUCGAGGCCGAGGUGGCCCCGGGCUUCGCGCGGACCGUGUCGCCCUACCCGGCCGAGCCCUUCCGCUUCCCGGCCUCCCCGGGCCCGCGCCAGGCCCUGAUGCCGCCCAACCUGUGGAGCCUGCGGGCCAAGCCGGGCGCGGCGCGGCUGCCCGGGGAGGACGCGCGCGCCCGCUGGCGGCCGCUGAGCGUGGAGGACAUCGGCGCCUACUCGUUCCCGGCCGCGGCCGGCCGCGCCUCGCCCUGCAGCUUCUCGGAACGCUACUACGGCGCCGCGGGCAGCCCGGGCGCGCCGGCCGAGGGCCGCGCCAGCCCCCGCUACGCCGCCUACAAGGCCGACAGCUUCUCCGAGGGCGACGACCUGGCCCAGGGCCGCCUGGCCGAGCCCUGCUUCCUCCGCGCGGGCGGCGACCUGAGCCUGAGCCCCGGGCGCGCCGCCGACCCGCUGCCCGGCUACGCGCCCGGGGACGGGCCCGGGGAGAGGCUCGGGGCGCAGCUGUGCGCGGCGGCCGGCAGCCCCGAGCCCGAGCCCAGCCCGCACAGCUCCAGGGACUCCUUGGAGCCCAGCUCCAUGGAGGCGUCCCCGGAGAUGCACCCGGCCGCCCGCCUUAGCCCCCAGCCGGCCUUCCCGCGGACUGGAGGCGCGGGGCUCAGCCGCAAGGACAGCCUCACGAAAGCCCAGCUCUACGGAACCUUGCUCAACUGAGCGCCUGCGCGCAGGCGCGGCCACGGGACACCCCCGCCCCCGCCACCUGCCCCCACCCUCCCGGCCCUGCCAGCGAGGACCCCUCUCAUCCACCUAACCCAGUCGAGCCUGAGAGGAGCAGCCCUCCCCACGUUGUCGCGUCCGCCCCAGCCCCACCACGGUGGAACUCCCCCGAGAACGUUUUUCACAUUCCAGCAUCCCUCCCCACCUGAAAUGAGCAUUCCCCCCUUUUAUAAAGUGAAACUAUUUUUAUAGAGAAAAAGGGUCUUUCUUAACGCACUUGGCCUCCAGCUCCCUGGAUGGCCGCCUUGGCGUUUUCAACACAAAGCUCCUUUAUUUUUCGGGUGAGGGCAAGUUGGGGCUUGCCCCUUGGAGGGAAGGACGGUGUCCUGUGGGGACACCCCGGUGAGCCAGUGACAAGGGAACCCCGAAGCUCUGUCCACAAAGAGGGGAACUGGAACGGGUGAAGGGAUGUGAAACGUUUUAAACUGUUUUCGCCGUGUGGCCGACACACCCCCCGAGCUCUUCCGUGGUCCGUAGUCCCGAGUGGGGCCGGUGCUCGUCCCCCAGUGUCCCGCUCCCCGGCACCACCUCGCUCUACCUCAGACGUAAUGAGGCCCUCUGACUCCCGUUUCCGUAGCUUGCUUUCCUGUUGUCUGCCUUGCAUGCUCUGUCUCAGUUAGUACUGUAUUUUGCAUUCAUUAAUAAAAGACAUCGGUGG